AUGAAGUUCUCUGCCGUUAUUGCCUUGCUCCUUCCCCUCUCCGGCGUCCUCGCUUCGCCAGUCACAGACUCUGGCCCUAUUGGCAUCGCAAGAGACGAACAUGCCACAGGAACUGAGCCCUUGAGCGUCGAUCAGAGCGAAGCUGAUUUGGUGGGUCGUGACAUCUUUUCACGCUCCACUAGGAAGUGCAAGAUCGUCAACGUCUCGAACCGCGCCUUCUGCCGCAGUGGACCUGGCACCAACUAUCCGAUCAAGUACUCGGUGUACAAGGGCCAGGAGUACAAGUUUGAUUGCUACAAGAAGGGAACUUGUCAUGAAGGCAACUGCACUUGGGACCGCCUCCCGCAUGCUGAAGGGUAUUGCUACGUGUCUGGCGCCUACACCGACAGCCGAUGCACUAAAGCCGCUCUCGGAAAGUGUUAG